AUGCAGCACAUUGGUGACGAAACCUCUACACCUUGCAUUGCGUUUGUGCUGGAGAAAUUGAAAUUCCAUCUUGCCCAGCAUGCCAACCACCCAAACCCUCCGCCCUUUAUAUUAGGGCUAAAUGGUGUGCAGGGUGCGGGCAAGACUUAUUUGGCAAACAGUCUCUCCAAACUCUCCGCCCCGCCUCAUAACAUUCCCACUAUUGCUUUUUCUGUGGAUGAUAUCUAUCUUACUCACGCGGAUCAGCUUCGUCUUGCCGCUGCUAACCCAGAGAACCCACUCCUACAGCACCGUGGCCAGCCUUCUACCCAUGACAUUGCUUUAGGCAAACAGAUCUUCGAGUCCCUGAAAAAGGGGCUGCCCACGAAGAUUCCGUGGUAUGAUAAAUCUGCCUUUGAUGGUCAGGGGGACCGUGGCCCAGAAGACAAGUGGAAGGUGGUCAAUGACAAGGUGAACGCUGAGGCAAAAAUACAACUGGUAAUAUUUGAAGGAUGGUGCCUGGGCUUUCGAACACGGCCGGAGGAUGAGGUGCGAGCAGUGUGGGAAGAAGCUGUGAAGCAGAAGGAGAUAGGAGGAUAUGAUGGCCAGUUAGCAUAUGUAAAGCUAGAGGAUGUAUUGGCGGUGAAUAAUGCAUUAAAUGACUAUGAUGUUUUUACAGACCAGUUCGAUGCCUUCAUACACCUAGAUGCCGAAAAUACCCAUUAUGUCUAUGACUGGCGACAAGAAUCCGAACGUGAACUGCUUCGUAAAUUUGGAAAGGGCAUGACCCCAGACCAAGUUACUCGGUUCAUCGAUGGCUACUACCCUUCCUACGAACUCUUUACGCCUGCACUAAGGAAUGGCGUAUUUCGCCCACGGCAAACCGACCCCAGCCAGCUUACGGAGGAUUCUGCAGCAUCAUGGAGGGGGAAGCAACUAAGACUUGUUCUUGACAAACAGCGCAAGGUAUCGGAGAUCAUUAAGAUAUGA